AUGUGGCUGAAAGCUAAAAACAGACACAAUAGUAGAGGUGGAUUGGAUAUUAGUGGAUAUGAAGAACAAAAGCUGGAGAAUUUGAAACCGAGCUCAACCAAAAGCAGAAGCAAAAGAUCCUGGUUUAUCCAGCACAUCAGAUGGAAGCAGCUGAUUAUUUUGUGGGUAAUCUCUCUAAUUAUUGUGAAUUAUUUUGAGAGAGUAAAGCCUUACUAUACUUUGAAGAAAUGCAUGUGGAAGAAAUGGGAAGAUUGGCCAAGUGAAUCAGAUCCUCACCAUACAGUUAUAAUCGGCGAUCCUCAAAUAGUCGACGAAUACUCGUAUCCAUCUCGUGGCUGGAUAGGAAUGAAGAUAACACAGUUUUUCAGUGAUAAUUAUCUACACAGAAAUCACAAUCUCAUAAACAGAGUUUUGAAACCUGAUAGUAUAAUUUUUUCUGGAGAUUUAUUUGACGGUGGAAGAGAAUGGAAUGAUACCAGAUGGAUCAAAGAAUAUAAGAGAUUCAAUAAUGUUUUUAAUCCACUGGAAGGCGUUCGACAAUUCCGACAAAUACCAGGAAAUCAUGACGUUGGAUUUGGAAAUGGUGUUGAUUUUGCCAAAUAUGCUAGAUUUAAAGCUUAUUUUGGUGACGCAGAUGAAGUAGUCACACUGGGUAACCAUUCCAUUGUGCUAAUUGAUACAGUUUCCCUCUCUUGCUCUGAAGACGAAAAUGUAAGUAAGAGAUCCAGAGAAUUUUUGGAUAGUUUCAAGGAGUCCAGUCCUUAUAAACAACAUCCAAGAAUUGUCUUCUCUCAUGUUCCACUAUAUAGAUUCAAUGAGUUUCAGAAAUGUGGAAAUUUAAGAGAAUCCAAAUCAAAGUUUCCUGUUGUCAGAGGGAAACAAUACCAAACUGUUUUGGAAUACCAACUAAGCACUGAAAUAUUGAAUAAUAUUGAACCCAUAAUGCUUUUCUCUGGGGAUGACCAUGAUUAUUGCCAUGUACGCCAUCCAAUUUCAAGCAAUGCCGAGCAUACACAAGAUAAAUUCACAUUCACAGAAAACGACCAUCCGGGCGUCGAAUAUGCAGAUGAAGUCACUUUGAAAGUAUCAUCAAUGACAGGCGGAAUAAAGCGUCCCGGUAUUCAGCUACUCAGUAUGUGGAACCCAGGUGGUGAGGAGAACUUAACAUGGAAAAGCACUCACAGUGGCCUGAAGACAGUAGAUUCUAAGACUGCAAAGACACAUUUAUGCUACCUACCGUCAGGAUUGCAGCCUCUUAUUCAUUAUGCCACUUUUGUUGCAUUGGGUAUAUUUUGGAUUUAUGUUUGUUCUUUUAAUGUUAAUCUAGGGCGGAGGCUACAUUCAAGUUUUAAGAAAGGUCUACAACGUUUUGUAGGGAUUUUGGGGAAAAUAUAUAGAGGAGGUAGUCAAAGUGUUGAACUACCUCAUUUAAAAGGCAAAAAGCCACCAUCUUUAUUGAAAAGAUAUGUGGACUCCAUCAUUAUCGAAUGGGAUAUAGAGAGAGAAAAUGAUUUUACUACAUUUUUGGCUAAUUCUUUCAUUUUUGUAGCUACUCUUUUUUUCACAUUAUUAUGGUAUUUUAAUUCUAUAUAA